AUGAACCAAUAUGCACAAAUGCUUGGGAAACAGAAUAAGAACAAGAACAAGAUCAAUUCAAGUCCGGAUUCAGCAUUGUCACCCCUUUCUCUAAGUCCACCUAAGAUGGAGUGUUUUCUAAAUGGCCUGUGGAAGCUACAACCUAAAGUGAUGGUGAUCACUGAGCAAGAAGCCAAUGUGAAUGGCUCUACUUUGACAGAUAGGAUGGAGAAUGCUUUGCAAUUUUAUGGUGCACUCUUUGAUUGCUUGGAAGCUACCUUUCCUAGAACAUUAGUGGACAGAACAUUACUAGAGAAGAUGCUACUUGGGAAGCAAAUAAAGAACAUCAUUGCAUGUGAAGGAGUUGAGAGAAAGGAGAGGUAUGAGGUGGUUCGGACAUGGAUCCCAAGGCUUCAAUUGGCUGGAUUUGGGAUGGUAUCAAUCAGCCCCAAUGGGAUGAUUCAGGCAAAAACCUUGUUGCAAAACUAUGUGGGUGGAUAUCAUACUGUACAGGACAAGAAUUGCUUGUUUAUGUGUUGGGAGGGAAGACCUCUCUUUUCUAUAUCAGCCUGGAAGUUUUAA